GAUAUUGUUCAUUUGGUCCACGUGGAUCAGACUCAGGGGAAGCGAAGCGCCAAUGAGUGGCGAAAGCUUCCAGGACUGGUUUUCCCUCCCAGUGGGCAGUGACGUUAUAAUUUCCCGCUACUGACAGACUCCUUUGGUUGCAGAGAGCGAGAGAGUGAGAGGGAGUGAGAGCGAGCCGAGAGAGCGAAACAGUUGCAAUACCCGCAAAUGGCCCAAGAAUCAGCAUCUGCUCUCGUCGUCGACGAUUUCUACUUCUCUAUCCUCAUCGACGACGAAUCCGAAUCCCCGAUUUUUCCAGUCUCCGAUGCCAAAUACGCCGAAGAAUUGCAGCUCCAGGAAGCGCUGAUGGCCUCCGCCGUCGCUACCCAAAUCGCAAGCAGCAAGAUCAUCAUGACCGAAGCAGGCUCCGUCUCGAUUCCGAAACCGAUCGAGAUCGUGAUGUUGGAUCCAGAAACCGUUGGCUUUGCGGAAGAAAUAGGCGAACCGUCGCGGAGCCCAUGCGAGAUCUGCGCCGAGCGGAAAGAGAGCGACGAGAUGUUCCGGAACGGCGCUUGCACCCACGCCGUCUGCUCCGAGUGCAUCGGCCGGCACAUCGACGUGAAGAUCAAGGAGAGCAAGGCGGUUUCGGUGACGUGCCCGGGGCUGAACUGCGAGGCAAUGUUGGAGUUGGAGGCGUGCCAGUCCGUGAUUCCGGGGGAGGUGGUGGCGCGUUGGAACGACGCGCUCUGCGAGGCUCUGAUUCUGGCGUCGCAGAAGUUCUACUGCCCGUACAGGGACUGUUCGACGCUGCUGGUGAGGGAAGGGGAGGAGGCGAUAAGGGAAGCGGAGUGUCCGAUUUGCCGGCGACUGUUCUGUGCGCAGUGUUGGGUGCCGUGGCACGGCGAGUUGGGGUGCGAGGAGUACCAGAGGCUGAACGAGGACGAGAAGGGGAGGGGAGAUCUGAUGUUGAGGGAGCUUGCGAAGCAGCAGAGCUGGAACAGGUGCCCCCACUGCAGGUUUUAUGUGGAGAAGACGGAAGGUUGUCUGCACAUCACUUGCAGGUGUGGAUUUCAGUUUUGCUAUGGAUGUGGAUCCCAAUGGAGUUCUAGUCAUGGUGGAUGCCAAGGAAUGUUGGGAGACUAGGCUCAGCAAAGCCAAGAUUUGCCUGGCUACCACUCGUUUUAAGCUUACUUUCCAUCCCUACUACGAAUUGCCUUCACUAGAAAGAAUUGUAAACAUCAACGCAAGGGUUCCAGCAAUGGCGAAGCUUGGGGCAUGGGGUCGCAAGGCCUAGACUAAAAGUUUGUGUUUCUAAGUAAUAUAGUCGUUACUGCUAUGAAUGUAUCUUUAAGUGCUGUUGUGAAUAUAAUCUUCUCUAGUACAUAGGAGCGUGAAUUUGUAUUUUAUACAUGUAUUUUUUAAUUUCAAAUACAUGUAUUUACAAAUUCAUUAUUUAGAUAAUACGUAAGAACUAUGAGUUUGAAAUACCCCAAUGUUUGAGAGAGACUUCUAUAGAUUUGGAUAAAAUGUAAUUCAAAUUGGUAUUAACUUUUGUCCAAGAUUAUAUUUAAGAUCCGAAAUUUAUACUUCCAAA